AUGCGUUUUAUGGUCAGGAUAUGCGGCCUUGUUCUUCUGGCACUCAUAACAACGUCGGUGGGUCUGGAUAAUUCCCAUAGCCCAGUGGUUGACCUAGGCUACGCUACCUACCGGGGGUACUAUAAUAGUACCUACGACUUGAACGUUUUCAAAGGAAUUCGUUAUGCAGCCCCUCCGAUUGGAAACCUGCGAUGGCAAGCUCCACAAGCUCCCCUUGUGAACCGCACUUUUACCACAUCCGCUACUGAGCAGCCUCCUCGCUGUCCUCAAUCUGGCGGUGCAAAAAUUCCAAAAAUCUAUGGCUUUAACUCCGCUCUUGGCGAUGAAGACUGUUUAUUUCUUAAUGUGUACGCGCCCCCUGGGGCAAAAGAUCUUCCCGUUCUUCUUUGGAUCCAUGGUGGCGGGUAUGGACUCUUUGGGGCUAUUUAUGACCCCAGUGAGUGGAUGAAUACCAACGAGAACGGCUUCAUUGCUGUUAUGAUCCAGUACAGACUGGGUGCAUUUGGCUUCCUUUCCUCAGAGGAUGUUUACAGGUAUGGCCAAACGAAUGCAGGUCUCUUGGACAUACGAUUUGCCCUUGAAUGGGUCCAAGAGCAUAUUGAGAUAUUCGGUGGCAAUGCAUCUCGCGUCACUGUUGGUGGUGAAUCCUCCGGUGCUGGCUCGGCGAUGUUGCAGGCGAUGGCCUACGGAGGCCGCGAAGACAAAUUAUUCAACAACAUUAUCGCCGCUAGUCCGUACACCCCGGCUAUGUACCACUAUAAUGAUGAAAUCCCGACAAGCCAUUAUCUUAACUUUGCAGCUCGGGCGGGAUGUUACAAUGGAAAAAUCACAUCGGAGCCAAUUAUCUUCGAUUGUCUACUCAAGACAGAUACGGAAACCUUGCAAUAUGCUAGUGCAAAUGUCUCUACCUCUGGGGCAUGGGGUACAUGGGCCUUUCAGCCUGUGACUGAUGGCGAGUUCAUUCUUGAAUUACCCUCUAAGCAGCUGCUUGAAAAGAAAGUGAGCGGCAAGCGUAUCUUGUCGGGGAAUAAUGCCAAUGAUGGCGUACCUCUAAGUCCACCUUGCAUCAACACCACGAAUGGGUUCUUGAGUUACAUCCAGUCCACUUUCUCUCUAUUCACCCCCCUUGACCUUUCUCGAUUAGAGGAUCUCUACGGAUUCUGGCAUAGCUCCCCCAAAAACACUGGUCUUCGCUACGACACUCUAGGUGAUCGUGGCCCAACCGCUUUGAACCAGUCGGAGAUGGCAACAGGACUUCAGCAAGCAGUUUUCAAUAUCUUUGCCGAAACAACAUUCGACUGCCCCUCAUACUGGCUUGCAGACGCCUUCUCGGGGAAAUCCACACAAGAGAGUUGGAAAUAUCAAUACUCGGUCACGCCUGGGUACCAUGGAGCAGAUCUGACCGCUUAUUUUUCCGUUGGCGCGAGGACACCAACCUGUGGCUUAAUGCACGCAUUCCAGAAAAUCUGGGGAAAUUUCAUUAUCAAUGAUACACCAGUGAUUUCUAUCGCAGAUGCCAAGGGUGAUGCAGAGAACUCCAGCGUGCCGGAAGGUGCAUGCGGGAUGAUUUCUUGGCCAACGUGGAAUGAGUCUUCGCCUGUACUCAUGAACCUGAACACUACGGGCGGAACCACGGUACUCGAUCGGGUUACUGAUCAUCUCUCGUACUGGCUUCGAGAGGGGCCGGGCGUUUCGAAUCAUUUUACCCUGGCAAAUGCAUCCAGCUGGGAAGGCGGGCGUGGAGAGCGCUGCAAGUUCUGGCAAAGCGUAGGAUCCCGCGUACCGCAAUGA